UCUGUGGUUUGGUUUCUAUAGAGACACUUCCUGUGGCAGAGAAAAGAGGUAGUGAGCUGGUGUUUCAGGAUGUGAGGGCCCACAGGAGCUCAGUCGGGAUCUCUCCACUGCCUGCCUGCCACUGUGCAGGGUCUGGCCAGAACUGCCCACAGUCCCCAUGGUGGGCAGCCCCUGUGGUGGGGACCUGUGAUCGGAGGCGGCAUGCCAGGGAAGCCGAAGCACCUGGGCGUCCCCAACGGGCGCAUGGUUCUGGCUGUCUCAGAUGGAGAGCUGAACAAUACAACAGGGGCCCAAGGCCAGGGCCAGGGCCGAGGCAGCUCCCUCAGCAUCCACAGCCUUCCCAGUGGCCCCAGCAGCCCCUUCCCCACUGAGGAGCAGCCUGUAGCCAGCUGGGCCCUGUCUUUCGAGCGGUUGCUGCAGGACCCAUUGGGCCUGGCUUACUUCACUGAGUUCCUGAAAAAGGAGUUCAGCGCUGAGAACGUGACUUUCUGGAAGGCCUGUGAGCGCUUCCAGCAGAUCCCAGCCAGUGAUACCCAGCAGCUAGCUCAGGAGGCCCGCAACAUCUACCAGGAGUUCCUGUCCAGCCAGGCACUGAGCCCAGUGAACAUCGACCGGCAGGCCUGGCUCGGCGAGGAGGUGUUGGCAGAGCCCCGGCCAGACAUGUUUCGGGCACAGCAGCUUCAGAUCUUCAACUUGAUGAAAUUCGACAGCUAUGCGCGCUUUGUCAAGUCUCCGCUGUACCGCGAGUGCCUCCUGGCCGAGGCUGAGGGGCGCCCCCUGAGGAAACCUAGCUCUUCACACCUCGGCAGCCCUGACUCCACCAGGAAGAAACCGAAGCUGAAGCCCGGGAAGUCGCUGCCGCUGGGCGUAGAGGAGUUGGGGCAGCUGCCACCUGCUGAGGGUCCUGCGGGCCGCCAGCUCCGCAAGUCCUUCCGCAGGGGUGAGGGCAAGAGCGGGCUACAGAGAUGGGACCCCCGAAGUUUUGAAAGUGCCCACGGUAGUGACGAUCCUGGGGACAAACCACAUUGGGCCCCUGCAGGAUGCUCCAAACAAGGUCCGCCAGAGCUGGCGGGUGGGGCCACAAACUCAGCCUUGCGCCGAGAGUCUCAGGGCUCCCUCAACUCCUCUGCCAGUCUGGACCUUGGGUUCCUUGCCUUUGUCAGCAACAAAUCUGAGAGUCACCGGAAGAGCCUUGGGAGUACAGAAGGGGAGAGUGAAAGCCGGCCAGGGAAGUACUGCUGUGUGUAUUUGCCUGAUGGCACAGCUUCUUUAGCCCUGGCCCGACCUGGCUUCACCAUCCGCGACAUGCUGGCAGGGAUCUGUGAGAAACGAGGCCUCUCAUUACCUGACAUCAAGGUCUACCUGGUGGGCAACGAGCAGAAGGCCCUGGUCCUGGAUCAGGAGUGUACUGUGCUGGCGGAUCAGGAAGUGCGGCUGGAGAACAGGAUCACCUUCGAGCUCGAGCUGGCGGCCCUGGAGCGCGUGGUACGCAUCUCGGCCAAGCCCACCAAACGGCUGCAGGACGCGCUGCAGCCCAUCCUGGAGAAACACGGUCUGAGCCCACAGCAGGUGGCGCUGCACCGGCCAGGCGAGAAGCAGCCACUGGAUCUGAAGAAGCUAGUGAGCUCGGUGGCGGCCCAGAGACUAGUUUUGAACACUUGUCCAGGUGCGAAGAUUUCCGAAGCUAGUGACAUAUCCCCCUGCCACAGCCAGGGAUGCCUGCCUAGAACCCAGGACAAGGCCACUCAUCCCCCUUCAGUGCCCCCCAAUUCGGUGGUAAAGCUGUCCGGUAGUGCCACUGGAAAGCGGCAGACCUGUGACAUCGAAGGUCUGGUGGAGCUGCUGAACCGGGUACAAAGCAGUGGGGCCCAUGACCAGAGGGGCCUUCUACGAAAAGAGGACCUAGUACUUCCAGAAUUUCUGCAGCUGCCUGCCCAAGGGCCCAGCUCUCAGGAGGCUCCACCACAGACUGAAUCAGCAGCCCAGCCCAUAGGGGGAGCCUUGAAUUCCACUGCCCACCCAGCCCUCUGACCGCUGCCCUAUAGUUCAGGCUGGCUGCAUGGCACAUGGCGGGCCAAGCAUGCCAUGGGUCCGCUCUGCAUGCCCUGUCUAUGCCAUGAGUUUCCCUGGUCCUUCCUGCUAUGGGCAGGCCUGCAGGAAGAGCCAGGAGGAGUUAAAACAGGACUCAGGAGCCACACUCUACAGCUGCCACCACCUGGUCUCUCACAGGCUCACCCACCCAUCCCUUACAGCCAGGCCCCUGGGAGAAGAUAAGCCUAACCCUUGGUGCAGGCUUGCCCAACAUGGAGGGGUGGCGUUGGCAGUGCCAGCCUCCCUACCCUGUGCCAAGUUUCAACAGGGGGCAGGAGGAGGGGCUGGCCCCUCCUUAAGGAGCCAUUGAGUAAGGCCUGGGAGUGCAGGUGGGGACCCCUGUCCUCUAUCCACAUAGACUCUACUGUACAUAUGGAUUUUGCAGUUGGCUUGGGGCAGCUGGGUUUGUCCUGAAUGUAUGAUACUGUUAUUAUAAUAACUAUUAUUAUUCUGCCA